AUGCCAAACUUUGAUCUUGGAGAGUCCAUCCCCCCCGACACGGCACACGCUGUUAGUGUCUCACUGCCAACAUGGAAGGCAAACGUAGGAUAUGAGGAGGGCGAAUCGUGGGUCGUUGACAAGAUGGUCACGGGAUAUCCCAGAUUCUUCAUACACAAGAGUAUCCAGGCGUUUGCCGAGGACAUUGUCUCCAAAUUCGGCAAAUCGGGACAGCUUGCCAUGCUCUUUCCCACCAAGAAGACGGCGCAGAGGUGUCUUCAGUUCAUCCGGGACAAGGCUCCGGCAGAGCUCACAGGCGACCUUGAAGUCUUGCACUUGGUCCUCGACACCUCCAAGGAGAAUUCCGAGGCGCUCCAGACCGUCCGGCCAGCUGUCUCGGCCGUCCUCUAUAAGCAAGAGGCCUUCUCAGUUGCCAAGCAGUAUUGGCAGCAUUCCGGCGACGGUGUCUCGAGCCGCCGGGCCGAGUUCUGCCACGGCUUGCUGAAUGACGGUCUGCUCGUCUUGGAGACGGCCAAGUCUCCCCGUGACUCGUACCAAAAGUGCCGUGGCCCUCGCCGUUAUCAGCAGCGCCCCUCAUCCAUUGAUGCUACCAACGGCCACGCCAGCCUAAAGGGACAGGCCAAGAAUGGCGUAAACGGCGCGGCCGAAGAUACUACCGAGGCACUGGAGAGCUCCCGAUUCCUCGAAGAGCGCUUUGGCCGGAACCUGUCCGUCUCUCUUGUGGCUAAUGCAAAGUCGGCGAUCCGGCGCCGCAUUGCCGGCACUCUGACGGAGACAAUAGACCUGACGGCCGCACUUCCCUCGAUGCAAAGCGAUGCCCGAGGUGUGACCAAUUUCAGAGAGGACGACGUGUACCUGUUCCCGUGCGGCAUGAAUGCCAUCUUCACGGCGCAUCAGAUGUUGCUCAGGGCACGCGAACCGCGCAAGAGUGUCAACUUUGGUUUCCCGUACGUUGAUACGCUCAAAAUUCUUGAGAAAUUCGGCCCCGGAUGUGUCUUUUACGGACGGUCCUCGUCCGUUGAUCUGGAUGAUCUUGAACAACGCCUCAAGAGUGGCGAGAGAUUCCUAGCCCUCUUCUGCGAAUUCCCUGGUAACCCACUGCUGACUUGCCCUGAUUUGGCGCGAAUCCAUCAGCUGGCAGAUACCUAUGACUUUGCUGUCGUGGUUGAUGAUACCAUUGGCACAUUUCACAAUGUGAAUGUGCUCCCGUUUGCCGACAUGGUCGUCAGCAGUCUAACCAAGAUCUUCUCGGGAGACAGCAAUGUCAUGGGCGGCAGCUUGGUUCUCAACCCCAACAGCCGGUACUACACUCCACUGAAAGAGACCUUGACUCGUGAGUUUGAGGACACCUACUGGGCCGAGGAUGUCAUCUUUCUCGAGAGAAACAGUCGCGACUUCAUAUCGAGAAUUGACCGGGUGAAUGCCAAUGCCGAGGCCGUUUGCGAGAUUCUCCUAGCACACCCCAGUGUCACUCAGGUGUACUACCCCAAGUACAACGAUAGUCGUCCCAACUUUGAGGCAGUCAAGACCUCGAAUGGAGGCUAUGGUGGUCUGGUCUCUUGCUCCUUCAAGAGCAAGGCUCAUGCCGAAGUGGUUUUUGAUGCCCUCGAGACCGCCAAGGGACCGAGCUUGGGUACAAAUUUCACACUGUCCUCGCCCUAUGUGAUUCUGGCGCACUACCAGGAACUCGAUUGGGCCAGAGGGUUUGGCGUUGAUCCAUAUCUGCUACGGUUUAGCUUUGGCUUGGAACAGACAGAAGAACUCAUGGCUGUUUUCUCCAAGGCCCUGGAAGCAUCUGAAAGCGUACCGAGUGAAUGA